AUGAGCAGCUUCCGCGUCCAGCGGCUGCGAGAGGCUGUGAGCGUCCAGCGGCUGCGAGAGGCUGUGAGCGUCCAGCGGCGGCGAGAGGCUGUGAGCGUCCAGCGGCGGCGAGAGGCUGUGAGCGUCCAGCGGCGGCGAGAGGCUGUGAGCGUCCAGCGGCGGCGAGAGGCUGUGAGCGUCCAGCGGCGGCGAGAGGCUCCCCAGGACGCCAGCCCCAGGACCCCAGCCCCAGGACCCCAGCCCCAGGACACCAGCCCCAGGACCCCAGCCCCAGGACCCCAGCCCAGGACGCCAGCCCCAGGACACCAGCCCCAGGACCCCAGCCCCAGGGACCCAGCCCCAGGACGCCAGCCCCAGGACCCCAGCCCCAGGACGCCAGCCCCAGGACCCCAGCCCCAGGACCCCAGCCCCAGGACCCAGCCCCAGGACGCCCAGCCCCAGGACGCCAGCCCCAGGACCCACCCCAGCCCCAGGACCCCAGCCCCAGGACCCCAGCCCCAGGACCCCAGCCCCAGGACGCCAGCCCCAGGACCCAGCCCCAGGACGCCAGCCCAGGACGCCCCAGGACCCCAGCCCCAGGACCCCAGCCCCAGGACCCCAGCCCCAGGACCCAGCCCCAGGACGCCAGCCCCAGGACCCAAGCCCCAGGACCCAAGCCCCAGGACACCAGCCCCAGGACCCCAGCCCCAGGACCCCAGCCCCAGGACCCAAGCCCCAGGACCCCAGCCCCAGGACACCAGCCCCAGGACGCCAGCCCCAGGACGCCAGCCCCAGGACGCCAGCCCCAGGACACCAGCCCCAGGACACCAGCCCCAGGACCCCAGCCCCAGGACACCAGCCCCAGGACGCCAGCCCCAGGACCCCAGCCCCAGGACCCCAGCCCCAGGACAGCCCCAGACGCCAGCCCAGGACGCCACCAUUAUUGUUUACUCCACGCAGGAUGCUACGCUGUGA